GUGGGUAUGUAAGUUGCGGCUGGGCGCGCGGAAUGUUGCGCGGUCAUCCUCUCUCUGGAGCCUGCCGCAGUGGUGAGUUCGUGGGUGUGGUGGAGCAGCAAGGAUAAUUAUGAGAAUCCCAGGCCUGGACCCCUGAAGUCAAAGCCAAGAACCUGGGGCUGCACUGGUGUGUAUGAUCAAAGAGAAGGCGGCAGUGGCCCUGGAAACAAACUUGUCUCUGCAAGAGUCAUUAGCAACCUGGGACCUCUGCCCAGGACUGAGACCUCAGGCGCUUCCUACCCUGGAGCUGCUGGGCCCAAGCAGCGUGGAGACAGAGCAGAGGUGAUGGAGCCUGAGGUGCCAGGACUUCCUGAUUCCAAACCAGAUGUGAUCUCUAAGCUGGAGCAAUGGGAGGACCCAUGGACUAUGGAAAGAGACAUUCCAAGCUCAGGUCCAAGGCUCCAGCAUCCUCUGUAUCCCUGAGCACCGCUGCCCGAUGGCCCUCCCCAAGCACUCCCUGAGCCCAGUACCAUGGGAAGAGGACAGCUUCCUUCAAGUGAAGGUAGAGGAGGAGGAGGAAGCCAGCCUUCUCCAGGGCCAAGAAUCCAGCCAUGACCAUAUCGCUCACCCUGAGGCUGCACGCCUGCGCUUCCGGCACUUCCGCUAUGAGGAGGCAUCCAGUCCACAUGAGGCCCUGGCCCAGCUCCGAGAGCUGUGCUGUCAGUGGCUGCAGCCUGAGGUGCGCUCCAAGGAGCAGAUACUGGAGCUGCUGGUGCUGGAGCAGUUCCUGGGUGCGCUGCCCCCCGAGAUCCAAGCCUGGGUAGGUGCCCAGAGCCCCAAGAACGGAGAAGAAGCUGCUGUGCUGGUGAAGGAUCUGACUCAGGUGCUGGACAAGAGAGGAUGGGAUCCUGAAGCCGAGCUCACAGAGGCAAGCUGCAAGCAGAGUGACCUGGGAGAGUCGGAGCCAUCAAAUGUGAUCACUGAGGCCCUCAUGGGAGGUAUUUCCCUCAGACCCACCUUUGUCAAGGCCUGUGAACCUGAGGGCAGCUCAGAGAGGUCUGGACUGUCAGCAAAGAUCUGGACAAAGUCUAUCACCCAACACAUCAAUCUCAAGAAAACUUCAGGGCCUUACAAGGAUGCCCCCACAGAACAGCCUGGCUGUGAACCUGGUGCCUUGAGGAACAGUUCUAGUGUGUGGCCAAACGUUACCUCCCAAGAGAAGGCGCCUUCAGAAGAGAAAUUUGAUCUGGUGGAUGCUUAUGGGACACAGCCUCCACAUACAUACUCAGGGAAGAAGUCCUCCAAGUGUCAUGAGUGUAGGAAAAUGUUCCAGAGUGCUUCAGCACUCAAGGCACACCAGAAGACCCAUUCUCGGAAGACACCAUAUGCCUGCAUCGAGUGUGGGAAAGCCUUCAGCCGGAGCACUCACCUCGCCCAGCACCAGGUUGUCCACACAGGGGCGAAGCCACAUGAGUGUAAGGACUGUGGGAAGGCCUUCAGCCGAGUCACCCACCUGACUCAGCACCAAAGGAUUCAUACUGGAGAGAAACCCUACAAGUGUGGGGAAUGUGGUAAAACCUUCAGCCGCAGCACCCACUUGACCCAGCACCAGCGGGUGCACACCGGGGAGCGGCCCUACGAGUGUGACGAGUGCGGGAAGGCCUUCAGCCAGAGCACGCACCUGACCCAGCACCAGCGCAUCCACACCGGGGAGAAGCCCUACAAGUGUGACGCGUGUGGGAGAGCCUUCAGUGACUGCUCAGCCCUGAUCCGACAUCUGAGAAUCCAUUCUGGAGAGAAGCCGUAUCAGUGUAAGGUUUGUCCAAAGGCCUUUGCACAGAGCUCCUCUCUCAUUGAGCACCAGAGGAUCCACACAGGAGAGAAGCCUUACAAGUGCAGUGACUGUGGAAAAGCCUUUAGCCGCAGCUCAGCCCUUAUGGUUCACCUGCGGAUCCACAUCACGGUACUGCAGUGACUGGAAGUAGCCCCUGGGGCCGUAGCACAGCCUCUUCUUGAGGCUCAACAUCUAAGAGAAAUGCUGAGUUCCUAAAGAGCAACAAACAGGGUGGGCAAUUGAUGAGCUGCGGAAAUGAGAGGUGCCUGAGGGCAGACUCUGGCGUCUAGGAACGACUCUGUAUUUGAGGAUCCCCAUGAGCACAAAGCGAUUCAGGCCAGCUGGAGAAGCUUCCAGCAGGGCCCUGCCCUGCUACCCUCCAUUUCCCACUCAAGGCUGUCCCAGAGAGAUGGCAGCUGAGCCAAGGAUUGAGACUGGUUCUGAGGGCCAGGGCAAGUGGAGACUCAUGUCUCUCAGAACUCCAUCCCAAGAUGCUCUGGCCAGGCCGACUGUAGCUUGUUCUCAUGUGACUCUUCUUGCCUGCUUUUCUGCUGCGUAGCCCAGAAGGGACACCUGCCGUGCCCACCUCUGUGCCUUGGCACCUACUGUUUCCACUCCAGCCUAUUUUGUGCCUGACUCCAAGGCUGACUUGUGAGGCCACCUCUUCUGUGAUGCCUUCUCCACACCCUCUGCCUCUCUCAUGGUUUCCUGUUUUCAUCAGUAGUGCUGCUUCACACCUGCCCAGCAUGUCUCUCUCUCUCCUUGUCCUUCCAUAUCCCACUAGUCACCAGCCCUGCUGGUUUAACCUAAAGCUCAUCUCUAAUUCAUCUCCUUUUCCACUACUAUUACCUUAUGUGAGCCCUCAUUGCCUCUUGCCUGGAUUAUAGCAGGAGUCUCCUUCCUUAACCCUUCCUGCCUUUGUUCUCUGCCCCUCUGUCACUCUCCAGGAGACUGCUAUUACCCAAAUCUGAUUGUGUCGCUCCAUGGUGGAAAGCUCUCUAAUCCAUCACCUUCUACAGGAGAGCUUCCUGAACAGAGUUUAAGUAUGCUGAGAUAGGCCGUUCUGGGCCCUGAGCAACCUUUCCAGUUAUCCUCAUAUUCGUUUAUGAAUAUUGUCACUUUUCUGUGUGCACAGUGAUGUAAAAUGGCCUCAUCUCAUACCAUGGCUCCACCUUCCAUACACCAGCCCCAUGGAACUACUGUGGUUCCCGAAGGAACCAUACAUUUUCCCCACCUAUGUGCCUUUGUACUUGUGCCUGGAAUCCUCCUCUCCUUUUUUAUCUAAGAUGUUUCAAAUGUCUCCCAAAGAAUCCUCCCUGAUCUCCUGGAGCAGACUGCAGCUUGCCCUCUCUGCUUCCAGAGCACCUCCU